UGAAUGGGAAAAUGUCUUGCAAACAGAACAAUUUUGAACAUUUUAUUUUUAAUUUAACCUGAUCAACCGUUCUAUAUGUUGUUGCAAUCGUUAAACAACUAUCGGAAAAUCGGAAAAUGCAGCUCAAAACCGCAUCCACACUGACUUCCGGGAUAAACAAUGACGUAUAAAUGCCAAAUGAAAACAGAAAAAAAUAUUCAACUAUGAACAUAUCUAAUAUGCCAGCAAUCUCGAUGUGCUUCUUAUUUUUCAGUUAAGGAAUGAUGCAUUCUUCAAAACAGAUAUGGCUAAUAUACUUUUUUUUUGUUUAUGUUACUGCUUGCAUGGGAACCUUUGUAAAGCCAAAGCCAGCUGCUAAUGUAAAUGAACCACAGCAAAUCCACAUUGGCUUUGGUCAGCGAUUAACUGACAUCAUUAUUUUAUGGUCGACUAAAAACAAUGAUUCGUCAGUCGCAGAAUAUUAUACAGGAAACACAAAUUCAAAGGCUAUUAAAGGGGAGACAAUCCAUUUUGAAGGAAAUCCAUUAGGAUGUCAAUACCUACACAGAGUAUAUAUAUCAAAUCUAAAUCCUGGUAAAAAGUACUUCUACAAAGUUUUUGGACAGGAUUCAGAUUCUACAAGCAGUCAAUAUAGCUUUACCAUUCCAGAUGUGACGAAACCUCUGACAUACAUGAUUUAUGGAGAUCUUGGUUUACUUUCAGCAAACCUUCAGUUUCUGAAACAUGAAGUUAUUCUUGAUCCACAAAAAUAUAGUGCUAUCUUUCAUAUUGGAGACAUUGCCUAUGAUCUUGGUAGUGAUGGAGGGAGAAGGGGGGAUAAAUUCCUAAAUGCAAUUCAACCAAUGGCAGCUCAUGUGCCAUACAUGACCAUUCCAGGAGAUCAUGAAUUGUUUCCUGGAAGUAAAGACCAUUAUAGAUUUAGGUUUUCAACUCCUAAUGCUGGUUGGCCAAUGCCAAUGUACCAGUUAUGGUAUAGCUUAGAUGCCGGCCUGAUACAUUUUGUCUGCAUUUCUACUGAAGUGUUUUUCCAAGAUAAAGAUAAUAUUGAUAGACAAAUGAAAUGGCUUGAAGAAGACCUGGAAGCAGUAAAUGAGGAUCGGAGUAAGCAUCCAUGGAUAAUCGUUUUGGGACAUAGACCUAUGUAUUGUAGUGUUAAUGAUGACAGUGAAGAUUGUCGGAAGACUGAUUCUGUUGUCAGAACGAGGCUUGAGGAUGUAUUUUACAAGUACGGUGUUGAUCUCUUUAUAAGUGGACAUCAGCACUUAUAUGAGAGAACUUAUCCUGUGUACAAAAAUAAAGUUCUGGCCUUCAGUAAUAGGAAUCCAAGAGCCACAAUUCAUUUCAUUGUUGGUUCUCUUGGGAACCAGUAUUUGACUGAAUUUAGCUCUAAGCCAGGUGGACCUUGGUCAGCCAAUGUUGUUUCAGCAAUGGAGAUGGAAAUCUAUGGUAAAGUGAAAGCUUUUAAUGACACCCAUUUAUUCUGGACUGCUAAUAAAGCUAUGGACAAUGGUGUGGUGGACAAAGCAUGGAUAAUACAGAAUCAACAUGGGUCUUUUGAUCAGGUCGUCAUUCCAGAUCCACUCGGUGCUGCAGGAAAACAAUGGAGGAAACACAAUCAAGAAGAUGAUAAUACUUUUAUCAAUUUGAAUUUCUUCUAUGUUGAUAAAGACGAUUACAACACAAGAGUGACAGUACUAAUGUUUACUUUUAUUUUUCUUAUCUUUGGCAUUUGCUUUCGAAAGAAAAUCUUAAACAGUUUCAGAUAUUGUUGUAUUAAUCAUGAUAAAUGUAAAAAUGGCCAGCUCAUUCCAAUGUAGAUUUAUUUUCAUGGCUUACUAAAAUCUAUUAGUUUGUAAAUAAUGAAAAUGUAAAAAAUAUUAAUAUAUAAUAUGCAGCUAAAUAUAUAUAGAUCUGAAACAUGUGCUAUGAAACCUAGAUUUGAAACCAACAUUUUGGUACUAAUGCACAUGCCAAAACAUUUGGAACAACUGGACUCUGUUUAAUAAUAAAUGUUCAGUGUAUGAAUAAAUGCAGAACAUGAUUCAACAACAUAUUUUACUAUAUUUGAAGAUUAACUAUUACAAUCUUGUUUACUUGUAACUUUGAAACAUUGUAUAAAUUCUUAUGUUUUUAUCUCGUACAGUUGUCUAGAGUUAUCUCCCAUAUGAUAUGUAUAUUUUUUUCUUCUUUUUAUUUUAUCAUGUUUAUUGUCAAUAUACAUUGUAGUUUGAUAAAACAUGUAGGGUUAGCCCAAAAGAUACAGUAUUCAACAAUAGACAGUAUCUAUAUGAAAUGUCAUACUCUUCUCCUGUUUCUAAUAUAAUAUUUGUGAAUCAAUAAAACAGAAACACUAAAUUCUCUAAAUAACAAAAAAUCAAACAUUGACAUGAUUUCAAUAUGGUACAAGUACAUUAAUUAGGAACCAAUUUUAUUAUAGAAUUAUCACAUUGAUGAGCAUUUUUUUAUAUAAAAAUAUACAUUUUAUUUUGAUUUAAUGGUAGCAUUAUUACAUUUUUGUACUUCAUGGAAGUUCAUGGUGUCAUGAUUCGUGUAUAACUAUUAGAUAAUUUUUUUUUACAGAUCUGACUGGUCAUUAAAUGUUGGAUUAGAAUUCAUUCAUUUAAUUUAUUAUCAUCAUUUUGUGGCAUUGCAUUUUAUAUCAAUCAUGUUCAUAAUUUUCUUGAUGACUAUUUUAUUUAAAUUAUCAUUUGGGAUUAAUGUCAAUUUCAUCAUCCAUAUGUGCAUAUACAUAAAUGGUGUUUUAAAGGAGUUUUCCUUCAAAUAUUUUGUUGUAAAUAUGGGAAAAAACUUUAUUUUUUAUUACUUAAUAUUCUUUGAACUUUGCCUGUUAACUCAGAUACUUUGAUAGACAUGAUAGAAAGGAAGAAACUGUAGACAUUGUAGUCAAAAUCGAAUCUAACGUUUUUUACAGUUUCAUGCAUGUUAUUGCAUAUUUCAAGUGUAAGGCAUUUGUAAUUUAUUUUUGAAACUAUUUUCCCAACAAAGAUCUAGAAUGAACACCAAUUUAGAUAACAUUUUUUUUUGUUGAUGACAAAUUAAAGUUCAUUUCCAACCUUCAGUGUCAUAAUUUUUAUAAAAAUUAAAUGUUGAGGUAGAAAAAUUGCAUACCUAUGUUUAAAAAUAUAAAUAUAACACUGGUAAUUUUUUAGUAAAAUAAUAAUGAAAAUGAUGGUGUUAAAUUAAAUUCUUGUGUUGUCUGGUUUUUUUUUAUAAACAUCUAUAUUACUUAAAUUAUGAGGUCCAAUUUGUCAGCUGUCAUCACGUAAAAACGAUGAAUCAAAGAAUUCAACUUUAUAUAUAACUAAUAUAGUACAAAGGUGUAGAUUGAAAAUUACACCACUCCAGGCCCUUUUGUUUUCCACGUAAUUAAUAUUGCCAAUAAUUAAGAAGUUCUGGGUCGAGUUCGAUGCCGAUACCAAUACCAAUAGUAUAUUCACCUGUUACCGAUUACCUUAUCUGUAAGUUCCGCAUCUGACAGGCGCACAACCAAACGGUGUAUUCAGGAUUAAUAUGCUAUAUAGUAUUACACGGGUGAUAAUCACAGGGUUGACACUACUUAAUUGUUAAAUUAUUACCUAUUGUAGUAUUUUAAUCAGUUAGACUUUCUAAGAUAACAAUACGAAUACUAAAAAUCUGGACUAAAAAUAAGGCGUAUAUAGGUAUAGUUUUCAAUUUGUUAACGGACAUGACGUAAAACAGCGAAUCAAAGAAUUCAACUUUGUUUAUAACUAAUAUAGGACAAUGCUGUUGAUUAUAAAAUACUCCAUUCCAGGACCUUUUGUUUUCCAAAUAAUUAAUAUUACCAAUAAUUGAUAAGUUCCAGUUCGACGGGUUCAAACAGAAAGAUUUGAAAGCAGAGAAAACUGUGUAUCUUAUAAUUGGCAUGACUUUAUCAAAUGACAAUACUAUAGUUAUAUACUUUAAUUAAGUCACGGACCCCCGAUAUCACGGGUGUGUUCUAGUAUGAUAUAAGAUUGUACCUUGGUUUCUUUUUGGAUUGAACACAAAGUAAUAUUUUUGGCCAAAACAAGUUAUCUAAAUCAAAGUUGUAAUCGUUGUCUCUAUAAAAUGUCUUCCAUCUUAUGGAUGAUUAUACUGUAAAUAUGCAUUUUCAAUCAGAUGACAAAGUAUUUGGUAAACAUUUUCAUAUAUAACUUUCAUAUAUAACUAAUUUAUAUAACAGAACUACAAUUAUUUUAUUCUAGAUCAAAAUGUUAUUUACUGGUAAUUUUAUAAGUCUUGAGAUUUUUUUGCCUGAUAUUUUUACAAAUGAAAUAUUUAGUAGACAAAACUAAAUUUAUGAUUCGCUUCAAUCAUGUUAAUUGAUUGGAGUUUAUAGAAAUCAGUGCUAUUUCUUCAUUAAUGUCAUUGUAUAAUUGUUAGCUAUGCCUAUAUUGAUGAUUGUAUCUGUAUAAUUGGAUGUAUUUACAUUUGUUUAUGUACAUUUUAUUGAAAUUUAUAUGGAGUAUUUGUAUUUUUUAUGAGAUUUUGAAUUUUGUUAAUUGAUAAUUUGUCUGGUGUAGUACACUGCCAUUAAACACUAUACAU